GGCGGGUCGUAGCGGCAGAGGAGGCGCCGCCUCCCCGCCCGCCCGCCCGCCACUGCGGGGCAGGAGCGUGAGGAAGAGAAGCGGCGGUGCCGGUCCUGCUGGCGGGCGGGAGGAGCUGGAGAUGCCGGCCAGGACCUGGGCCCCGCCGAGCUCCGCCGGGGCCGAUACGCGCAUCGCGCUGCUGCCCGCCAGGCUGCCGAGGGGGCACCGGCCUGCAGCCGCCGCCCGGCCCGCCCCGCGCCUCGGCCCUCACCCCGUAAGUUCCCGCCCGAGCGGGUGGCCACAAAUUCAGAGGGUGCCCGGCUGUCUGUGCCUUCGCCCUUCUCGUCGAGUAGUUAUUUUUCAAAGAGCUGUUUUUCACGUCUGUGUCACCUUCUGGCUGACUUAGUGCCGUAGUGUUUUCUUAGCUUAUCUAAGGGCAAAUGUCAAAUUUGUCUCACUUCUAUUAUUUUUGAUACCUGUGAAGCCAUAUAUUUUGUAAAAGAAGAAGAAAUCAUUGUAGAUUUGCUGUCUUGGAAGUAUGGAAUCAAUCUCUAUGAUGGGAAGUCCGAAGAAUCUCAAUGAAACUUUUCUACCAAAUGUUGCCAACGGUAUCAAGGAUGCCAGUAAGAUCACAAUAGGCAUCAUUGGAAGUGGAGACUUUGCUAAGUCAUUGACAAUUAGACUUAUCAGGUGUGGGUACCACGUGGUCGUAGGAAGCAGAAACCCUAAACUUGCUGCUGAGUUCUUUCCCCAUGUGGUUGAUGUCACUCACCAUGAAGAUGCAGUAGCAAAAACAAACAUCAUUUUUGUAGCUAUACACAGAGAACAUUACGCCUCUUUGUGGGACCUCAAACAUUUACUUGCUGGUAAAAUUCUGAUUGAUGUCAGCAAUAACACAAGAGUAGACCAAUAUCCAGACUCCAAUGCAGAGUAUUUGGCAUCACUUUUCCCAGAUUCCCUGAUUGUCAAAGGAUUCAAUGUCGUUUCAGCUUGGUCACUGCAGUUAGGACCAAAGGAUGCCAGCAGACAGGUCUAUAUAUGCAGUAACAACAUUCAGGCUCGCCAUCAAGUUAUUGAGCUUGCCCGUCAACUGAGUUUUAUUCCUAUUGAUUUGGGGGCAUUGUCAUCUUCAAGGGAGAUUGAAAACUUACCUCUGCGACUGUUCACACUGUGGAAGGGGCCUGUAGUGAUUGCCAUUAGCCUGGCAAUGUUUUUCUUCAUCUAUUCCUUCGUCAGAGAUGUAAUCCAUCCAUACGUGAAAAAUCAGCAGAGUGACUUUUACAAGAUCCCCAUUGAGAUUGUGAACAAGACUCUGCCAAUUGUUGCUAUCACUUUACUUUCUCUAGUGUAUUUAUCAGGACUUACUGCAGCUGCUUAUCAGCUUUACUAUGGUACUAAGUAUAGGCGAUUUCCACCUUGGCUGGACAACUGGCUCCAGUGUCGAAAGCAGCUUGGACUGCUCAGUUUUUUCUUUGCAACAGUGCAUGUGGCAUACAGCCUCUGCUUACCUAUGAGGAGAUCGGAGCGAUACUUGUUCCUCAAUAUGGCGUUUCAGCAGGUUCAUGCAAAUGUUGAAAAUUCUUGGAAUGAAGAAGAAGUGUGGCGAAUUGAAAUGUAUAUCUCCUUUGGAAUAAUGAGUCUUGGAUUGCUUUCUUUGCUGGCAGUAACUUCCAUCCCUUCAGUAAACAGUGCCUUAAACUGGAGGGAGUUCAAUUUUAUUCAGUCUACACUUGGAUACGUUGCUCUACUCAUAAGUACUUUCCAUGUACUGAUUUACGGAUGGAAAAGAGCUUUUGAAGAAGAGUAUUACAGAUUUUAUACACCACCAAAUUUUGUUCUUGCCCUUGUUCUGCCUUCCAUUGUAAUUCUAGGUAAGAUCAUUUUACUUUUGCCAUGUGUAAAUAGGAAACUGAGAAGAAUUCGAAGAGGAUGGGAGAAAAGCCAUGUUAUAGAAGAAACAAGUGGGUCUGUUCCACAUCUCUCCCCAGAAAGGAUAACUGUGAUGUGAUGACAGACUAAUAUUUGUUAGCACUGUAGUAGAUGUUUGGGUUUGGAUCAUAAACUUGUAUUUUUAGGAGUUUAGUUAAAGUAUGAGUAAAGUCCCUAUGGACUUGCUUAGCAUAUACUACAAGCUCUCAACCAAACUGAGAAAUUAAUAAAUAGAGGACUACUACUUCAAAUAACUACAAAAAUAUUUUUGUUUUGAAUUAGAAGGCAGAUGAUUAUGAAAUCAAAAGGUUUUAAUGCUCCUUUGCACAGUUAUAUCACAACAGUAUUUUAUUAUAACCAUGCUUUCCAGAUACUACUUUGACUUAGAACUUAUGUGUCAGAGUGCUAUUUAUUGAUACCAUGUUUUCUGAGCAGUGUUUCUUUUAUUAAAACCACACUUCUGGGUUAGUGAGUUCAGAAUAUAGACUAAUAGAGUUAAUAUUUAGGAAGUAAUCAGGUUUUGAAACAAUUUAAUUUGUAAUGAUGUAUUGCACAUGUACAGUAUAUUUCUUUGUGUGUGGUUUUAUACCGUUCCAUGAUUUGAAUAUGCAAAACCAGUUUCAGUUCUGGUGGAACUGUACAUCUUGUAAGCAAAUAGCAUUGUACUAAUGUGGUCAUUUUUUUCAAACUAUUACAUAGAAUGUUAGACCUUUGGCAUCUCUUUAUUUCCAUACAUCAUAUAAUGAAAUUCAAAACAGUGUUAUACAUGUAUAGAAAGACUUGCAAAUAUGUGUGCAAGCGACUAGGUUUUGAUUUUAGAAUGAUUUCAAAAUAUCAGGUAAUAAUAAUUAAAAAAAGAAGCUGAGAAAUCUGCAACAAUAAAAAUCCAUUUUCACUGUGAAACUUCCAAUGUGUUGGUACAACAGGGAAGCAUCACAAUAUUCAUAUUCUGUAUGUUUCUGCACUGGAUUUUCAUUUAAUAUAUAUGAAUUUCCCAAAGUCUGUCUUAAAUUCUUAGUAUCUUUUUGUGCAAAUCCAAUCUUCUAUUUUUAUAUAGAAUUCUUAAUUUUACAAGUGUCUCUGGGUUAUGCCUGAAUUUGUGAGAAACAAAAUUAUUAUUCUUAUACUUAAAAAUGAAUUUAUCUCUAAAACUUGACAUUUGCAUUUCCUGUGGAAUCCAAAAGAAUGUUCACAAUUAGUUAUUACUACUGCUUUGUCAGGUUCUACUCUUCUCUAACAAAAUAGCCAAACUCAAGUCAUACCUUCAGGCUACUCCUGCUUAAUUAGCAAAACCUUUAUAUCAGUGAAUCAGAAUAUGUAUUUAGUCCUAAUUUUCUUGUAUUAAAUUGUAUUUGCACUUACUUAUAUUUGCACUGUUUAGGAUCUCUGACUUUAUUAGCUGCACCUUCACCUAAUAUUUAUUACUUUGCAAGAAUUUGUCAUCGAUAUGAUAGAUCAGAAAUAUACAGUACUUAAGCUUGAAUUCAUCCUUAAACAUCACUAGUCCUGUAAAUCUCCUUACCUCUGUUUGUAAUGAAAACAGCAGCUCCACAGAACAAGAAGAAUCUAGAAUGAAACUCUGCCCCCAGUUACACCAACCUAAAUCUAAAGAGUUCGUACUAGUUGUUCUUGGUUUAAUUUCAAAAUCAAAAAAUCUCCAAUCAUUUUUUCAUUGUAGUAUCCAUAUUCCCCAAACUUUUACACAUCAAGCCUGUGUAUAUUCUGGGUUUGUUGCAAAUCAAGAAACAGUUGAUUUUUUUUUCAUUUUAAGCAUGUUCAAAUCUAGAGAUGAAUAUUAAAGUAUUUGCAUGAUUUUUCCAGAAUUGAAGCAUUUUUAUAUGUCUCUAAGUAAGUUUUGUAUGAAAUGUGAAGUCAGUGAAUUAAUUUUGAAAAUGGAGGUUUGUCAAAACAUUUUGGGGAAAAAAUAUCAACUAUAAUUCAUGAAUGUCAACAGAAAUUUGAGAAGUUUUUUUCCAUUCACAGAUUUUCAAUUCCAAAGAGUUGGAAAACUUCGUUUUAUCCUCCUUUUUAAGCUACAAGGGGGAAGCUGUUGGAAAGGGGAAAAAUCAUUUUAUUUCACCAUUUUUUUAAAAGUAAACAAUAAUAGCAACUGUAAGUAGUCAGACCUGAGGUCUUUCAGAGUUGUCUACAAUAGCUGAAAAGUGGCAGAUGCUUCCAAAAAGAGGGUAUGUGUUCUGUGAUUCUUCUCCUGACAUAACAUCUCAGCUUCUUGCAAAUCAAUAAUUCAGGACUUACUUGAGACAGGUGCUGCCUCUGGAUUAUAGUAUUAAAUAGCUACUUCCUAAAAAAAUUAUAUAACAUCUUUAGAAAUUUGAAACUUCCCCAGUUUUUUUACAGGAAGAGGGGGGAAAAAAUUAAUAAAUCUAUCAAAUCAAUGAAAAAAAAAAAAAGAUUCUUUCUUUUUUCCAUAAACAAAUCAGUUUGUUUUACAGUACUAAUUUUAUUGUCCCUCCUCCAAUAUGCAGCUAUUAUAGUGAUACCUGUGGUGACGCACAAACACAAUACUAUUUUAUAAAACAUUCUAGACAUUAACUGAAAAACUUGUCGUUCUUGGAGAUAUACAGGGGCCUCAACUAGUACAAAUGAGAUUUUCACAUAAAAAUGAAGAACAAGUGAUGAUUACAGCUUCUAACUUACUCAGCUUGUCUGUAGAUACGCUCCAAUACAGAAAGCUGUAUAUUUCUUGAAAGGCUUGCAGAAUUGUAUGUAACUGAAUUUCCUGACCUGUUUCCUGUUCCAUUAUUACAGAGGGAAACCACACAAAACUUAGGCAUUUGACCGUCAAUCUUUUAAAUAAAAUAAAUAUUAAAAAUCUUAGAAGACACAAAGUGUUGGAGAAUUUUAAUGGGAUAAAUAGCAUGCUACAUGCUACCCCACUUCUGUGCACAAAACUUGAUUAAAAUCACUAGACUGGGAUGGUAUAACUAAGAGCAGAAUUUCAUACCUCUGAACACAUUUAAAGUAGAAAACAUUAACGUUGACAAUCUGAUUACAUUUCAAAACGAAAUAUGCUGCUAUUAUUUUGUAGUAAUUCUACACUUCUGUAGAAUAGGUAAUUAACAUUCACAUUCCCUACAAUUAUCUGAUUUGUUUGAUGCAAUAGCAAUGUUGCAGAACUAAGAUACUAUACUAAUUGAACAUUACUAUCAAAGUCUAUAUACAUUAUCCUGUAAUGCAACCACUGACAGUAUAUACAGAAAUAUAUUGGCCCUCUCUCCUAUGCAAAGUUAUUUCAUCAUUAAAUUUCUUCAAGAAUGUUUAAACUGUUAAAUUUUGAAAUGCCAAAGGUGUCUAGAGAGAAUAAUGAUGUAUUGUUCCUUUUUUUAAACUGUGUGUAGAAAAUAAAAUUGUGGUUUGAUUUUAUAAGUUACUUGAAAGGUUGAAAUAUUGAAGUAUUAAUAAAUACAGAUGAUAUUUUUAGAUCAACUAUAUGAAGACAUUUUGUGAAAUAUUCGUGCUACAGAAUGACAUAUGGUUUCCUGUUAGGCCAUGUAUUUACUUCUAACUGGAAUAACAAGUUGACUUGUGAUUUAAUAUUUGUAGUGUUCUUUAAGGACCAAUUCACUCUAACAAGACACUAUUAAGUCUGAAAGUAAAAUGACACUCAUGCAUUUACUGCACGAUAUGUAUCAUGUCAUGCAUAUGUUUAAUCACAUAAGGAAUCUUUAUUCAUGUGAUCAAACACAUUGAUUUCUAUAGAAGAACUCACAUUAGGACUUCUCAUUGGAAGAAGUGUAGUAGACCAACCAGAAAAACCAAGGAAACUCAGUGUGAAGAACAGCAGGAGACAAAACUCUUUAAAGGAGUAGGGGGUGGAGAUCCUCUGAGUUUGUUGCAGGAAGGUCUCAAACACUGGCAAGAUCAAAGGGAAGGUUACUUUGUGUAAACUAAAGACUGAUAAGAAGUAACAGCCUGAUAAAGGCUGAAUAAUGGCCCAAGAAGUAGUGGAGUCAUCAGGAAUCUGCAGUAGCUAGAGGAAAGGUAAAUGUAGCAGGGGGAGAUCAUGACCACCGACUGAAUAUUAAGACCAAAAAGACUUGCUCCCUCACACCUGUAAGGAGCAUGUGUGCUAAUUUACAUGGCAAGCAGGGCUUAUUUUAAUAAGAGAUGGUCCACACCAGAGGAUAAGAAUAAAAGAGGAAGGCAAGUGCCAUUUUAGGGGAGGGAAAUAAGAAUAAGAGAAGGGACUUCUGGAUGAGCACUCCUGCAAGAAACAUUGUCCCCAUCUGUAGGCCCAAUGCUGGAUCCAGGACUGGUGAUUGAUCUCUUUUUUUUUUUUUUUUCUCUCUCCCCCUCCUCCUCUUUUUCUCGUAUUCUUUUACCUUUUUCUAGUGAGUAAUGCAAGGCAUAAAACUUCAUAUGCAUGGCAAGCAAUAAGCAUUUGUGCUACCCAAUUAUUUACCAAUGAGCCGAACUAUGGAAUAAAAGUCUUUGUUUACCUACAGACCGGUAUUGUGUAUAUCCUAUUCCAACCAAGAGAAUUAGCGAAUCUAAGUCACUCCUCCCUCCUUAGCAGGAUGUGACAAAAAGACCUGAAGCUAAAAGUUUAGUUUCAAUUGCCUAAAUGUAAACAACUAAAUUAAUUUAGAUGUCUUAGUUGCUAAGGAGAAUAAAGACAUAUUUUGAUGAAUAGCCUGCUAUAAAAAUAUUUUUGUGUAGCUUUAUAUAGAUCGCUUACUGCCUAAUGAAAAAUGAAUAAUGAAAUAAACUUCAUUUCUCUUCAUUACUGUUCAGUAAAAAAAUACAGUGCUUAAUAUGUAAUACAGAACUGUACACAUCAUAUUAGAAAAUGGAGACCUUUAUGUAUUGAGCAACAGGUUAUUUUUUUUCUAUGGAUAUUAAGGUAUUCUUUCUUAACAUUGUCUAAAAUACAGUUCUAUUACAGGUUCCAUGUGUGUCUUUCACUUUAUCUUGCAAUUCUGUUAAUUGUGGCGACUAUGUACAAGUGAAUGAAGUAGCCAUGUUCUUGAAUUAUUUAGAGAUUAAUUAUUUUGUAAUUCUAAGUUCUCUGCAUAUCUAACUUGUGGUAAUAGUUACUGUAAUUUGGUGUCAUGUUUAACAUUUUGUUCCAACAUUGUGCAAUAUAUGACUGCCAACAUGAGAAAGUACAUUUGUGAUUUUAUUUGCCUAUAAAAUAGUGUGUCUCUGUGUGUUGUCUCUCUCUCUGUUACUAGCUAUACAAGCUGCCCAACUAGCACUAAGGCAAAUUCUUAGUUCCCAAGUGUCUAUAAAUUUCACAGGUAUGAAUAUAUUUAUGAAACAGCUUUCCUCUGAAUUUGAAGAUUUCCUCUGAAAGUUAGAUAUAUCAGGUGCAUAAAAAUGAGAUAGAUUGUGUUUUUCAGUAUAAUAUUUUCAUACAUGCAAUGGUAAUGAAUGCGUAUGCAUAGUUCCUUUCAGGCAGUGCAUCUCCUAAUACACGAGUUUUUUAUUUCUUGAUGUUCAUCCUGUAGUAUUUUCUGUCGAUGUAAUGAGUAAUGUUGCAGUACUGAUAUUGUAUCAUUAUAUGAUACUGCUUGAAUUUAUUAGAGUACAGCCUCUAAAAUAAGUGACACAUUGAACUGACUUGAACAGUGAUCUCUUUCAUUACAUAUUGUUUCUCAUGCCUUGCUGGCAGUGUCUUGCAGUGAGCAUAGUAUGUCUCCCAUGUGCAAUAUUCUCUUCGUAGUUGUGUUUGUCAAUUUGUUUGUGCUGUCUCUUUGAACAGGGCUAUUAUAAAUUAUUAGUAAUGCUCUUAUCUAUUUUUCCAUAGACUGUGCUUUACAGGAAAAUCAAUAAAAAGUCAAUGACA